AUGCAUGCUUCUUUUGGAAUAAAACAACCAAAAAUCAUUGCUCUUCUUCGUCACUUGAUAUUUGUUUUAUUAAAAAAACAAAAAAAUCAAUAUAUUGCAGAUAACAACGAAAUUGAAAAUAUUGAAUCAAAACUUCCCGAACAGAUUCAAGAUUUAUAUACAACAAUUAAGAUUAUUAUUGCUUGGCGUGAUCCAACAAAACAAACAUUAUUACCUGAAGCUUUUUUUCAACAAUCAAAUGAUAUUUUAGGUAAUAAUUUUAAAACAAAUCAAGAUGAUUUUAACAAAUCUAAUAAUCAUUUUAAUACUAACGCUGAUCAAGAUCUAAUCAAUUUAAUGACUAAUGAUCAGUCACUUAAUGAUUCAUUUUCUAAAUUCAUUCAAAAUCUUCCAAAAGAAACUCAAUCAAAUACAACAUUCUAUAAAAAUUAUCUAUCUUUAUCAAAUAUUCCAUCUGAUUCUAUUCAAAUUCGAUCUCAUUUUUUUUAUAUUUUAAACAAAUUCAUUGAAAAAAGUCUUCCAAUAGUUGAUCUUAGUUUACCAUUAGGACAAAGUUUUUUAACUGAUCAAAUUCGAAUAAUAAAACCUUACUUAUUAUCGUCAACAAAAUUUCAAUUAUUAGCAGAAUCUUUAGAAAAAACCGAAGUUGAAUAUAGUGGUGAUUGGAAUAUAGUUAAUUUUGAUAUAGUUAAAGCUAAUUCAAAUAGUGACAACAAUGAAAAUACAAUGUUCUAUCAAGCUUAUCAACAAUUGCAUACAAAUGCUCAUAUCACAUUUCGACGAUCGAAUGAACAACUUUGGCAUGCACAAUAUAUUGGAAUGCAUAGUACUGAUCAUGGUGGACCAUAUCGUGAUUCAAUAACUCGUAUUUGUUCGGAUAUAUGUUCUUCACGAUUAUCAUUAUUUAUUUUAUGCCCAAAUGGACGUACGAAUAGUGGUUUAAAUCGAGAUUGUUGGAUUCCAAAUGUUUUUCCACCAAAUAAAUCAAUUUCAAAUAAAUAUAAAAAACAAUAUCGUUUUGUUGGACAAUUAUUUGGUAUGGCUAUAAGAAAGAAACAUUACUUAAAUAUUAAAUUUCCUAUUUUAUUAUGGAAAAAAUUAUUAAAUGAAUCAAUUACUGUUGAAGAUAUUGAAGCAAUCGAUUUACAAAGUUUUACAAUUAUUAAUGAAACAGAAAAAAAUAUUGAACAAAUAAAAUCAAUUGAUACUGAUAAUAAUAUUGAUUCAUUAUUUAGUAGUAUUAUGGAUGAAUUACAAUUUGAUGUUGUUAGUUCAUCUGGAGAAACCUAUGAACUUAUUUCUAAUGGUUCAAAUAUUCCUAUUACAAUUGAUAAUUUUAAAUAUUAUUGUUCUUGUUAUCGACAAUAUCGUCUUAAUGAAUUCAAUCGACAAAUUGAUUUCAUUCAGCAAGGUUUAUAUACUAUUAUUCCAUCUUAUUAUUUGAGUUUAUUGACUGCUAAAGAACUUGAACAAGCCGUAUGUGGAAAAGAUCAAAUUGAUAUAGAAUUUUUAAAACGAAAUACAUUAUAUGAAGGUGGAUAUAAUCAAAAUUCAUCGCCGAUUGAACGAUUUUGGACUGUUCUUAGUGAAAUGUUUAAUGAUGAUCAAAAAAAAUUAUUGUUGAUAUUCGUUUGGGGUAGAAGUACAUUACCAAUUCGAGAUGAAGAUUUUUCAUCAAAAUUCAUCAUUAAUACGUACGAUGUUUAUCAAGGUGAAGUUGAUCAAGUACUUCCACGAUCACAUACAUGUUUUUUUACUAUUGAUUUACCCGCUUACUCAACGACUGAUAUUAUGUAUGAACGUUUAAAUUAUGCUAUUACUUGUUGUUCAAGUAUAGAUGGUGAUGGUACUGUAAACGAUGCACGAAUUGACGAAGGUUUCGAUUCUGAUGGCAGUGACGAUGAAGAAUAA